AAUACCGAAAAAGAAGAGUGGCGAGUUUUCCAGCAGCAGGACGGGUGCGAUUUGUGCAAACUAAUUUGUGCAAAAUCACCACUGAAAGUUGUAAAAAUUAUCAAUGAAAUCCGCUCUGUCACGGUUGCAGUCGGUGGAGUGUUCGAUUGGUUGAAUAGUUUCCACAAAAACGCGACCGACUAGCCGCCUGAACUGCUACGAUUGGAAAAGUGCUUUCCUCGGUUCUACAGUGAAGUGAGACUCCCAUCUUUUUUUCCCCCUGCUGGUAGGUUUUCAGGCAGAUGGAAAAUCGCUAGUUGAAGUCUUUAACAUAAAUAUAGAGUCGCUGCUGUUUGGAAAUACAAGCCGGAGGUGGCAGCGUGUAGCGAAAAGCAGAAAAUAAAAUCACCUAAUAUAAACAAGAGAAACUGUGCUGCGAGCGAGCGUGCGAGCGAGUGGGAAACUAGCAAAAAGCAGUCUAAUAGAGCAUUGCAUAUGGAGAGAUAAGAACAGUGUGUGGUGUGUGUCAAAGAAGUGUUUCUUCCCCCGAAGCGUCUUUUCGAGAGUGGUUUUAGCAGCUCGGAACGCAUCGCCGUUAAUAAUCGGGCGGGAGUGAUCUAGCGAGAAUAUCUGCGCACGCGAUCAGUCGGUAGGGGGAGACGGAGGAACGGACAGUACCAUAUUUCGGACGGUACGCCGGUCAGGCAGAAGGAAGUGAACACAGCACCGGUCACAAUGGGCUGCACAUCGUCGGCUGAAGAACGCGCAGCCAUCGCCCGCUCGAAGCAAAUUGAGCGCAACCUCAAGGAGGACGGUAUCCAAGCGGCGAAGGAUAUCAAACUGCUGCUGCUCGGCGCUGGUGAAUCUGGGAAAAGCACAAUCGUAAAACAGAUGAAAAUUAUUCACGAAAGUGGCUUCACAUCAGAGGACUUCAAACAGUACCGACCCGUAGUCUAUAGCAACACGAUACAAUCGCUGGUUGCCAUAUUGCGAGCGAUGCCCAACCUCAGCAUCGCCUUCGGAAACAAUGAGCGAGAGUGUGACGCAAAGAUGGUGUUCGAUGUGGUGCAACGGAUGCACGAUACAGAGCCAUUCUCGGAGGAUCUGCUGUUAGCGAUGAAAAGACUGUGGUCGGAUUCCGGUGUGCAAGAAUGCUUCUGCCGUAGCAACGAGUACCAGCUGAACGAUUCCGCUAAAUAUUUCCUAGACGACCUGGAUCGAUUGGGCGCCAAAGACUACCAGCCUACUGAGCAGGACAUUCUGCGGACGCGUGUCAAAACCACCGGCAUCGUGGAAGUGCAUUUCUCCUUCAAGAACCUAAAUUUCAAACUGUUCGACGUUGGUGGACAGCGAUCGGAGAGAAAGAAAUGGAUCCACUGCUUCGAGGACGUCACCGCCAUCAUCUUCUGCGUUGCCAUGUCGGAAUAUGAUCAGGUGUUACACGAAGACGAAACCACGAACCGCAUGCAGGAAUCGCUGAAGCUGUUCGAUUCGAUCUGCAACAACAAAUGGUUCACGGAUACCUCAAUCAUCCUGUUCCUGAACAAGAAGGAUCUGUUCGAGGAGAAAAUUCGGAAAAGUCCACUGACAAUCUGUUUCCCCGAGUACACCGGCGGCCAAGAGUACGGUGAAGCAGCAGCCUACAUUCAGGCGCAAUUCGAGGCUAAAAACAAAUCAACAUCAAAGGAAAUCUACUGUCACAUGACUUGUGCAACGGAUACCAACAAUAUCCAGUUUGUGUUCGAUGCUGUUACCGAUGUUAUCAUAGCCAAUAAUCUGAGAGGAUGUGGUUUGUACUAAAACCAAAAAAAGCCCACGAAUCCGCGUUGGGAGAUGCUUUUCGUUCUUGUUUUCCGUUUUUUGUACUAUUACUAUUAUUAUUAUUAUUACAAUUGGGGAAACAUAGGCCGGGAGAACACAGUAAUUAUUACAAAUUUGACUAUAAAUAUUACAGAGUAAAAAAAAUGAAAGAAUGUUUAUAUUAGGAAGGGGUCAGGCUGCACAAACAAGCAGGAGAUCAGCAAGCAAGCAAGUAAGCAGUUUGAGGAUUGAGUGAGGAUAGGAACGCAAGUGAAACGCGCUGCAGUCGAUAGGGAUACCAUAGGAAUAUAAUGAAGGAUAACGCAUGGAUAUCGGUGUUCAUUACGAAUAUAGUGCAUAUUAUACUAUUUCUUUCGAUAAUUGCUACAAAACAGAAACAAUUGCACACCUACAACAUACACACAAACACAAACAAAGAGACGCAAAGUACAUUUUAGGAAAGCUGGUUGAUGAUUUUUGUUUAUAGAAAAAAAAACAUUCUCAAGGGACGGGUUGGAAAAGAUCCGCAUCUCAAUCCAUUAGCAAUCAGGUAGACGCAUAAAACACUAAACACACACCCACACAUACACCCAUACAUAUGCUAGUUCGAGGCGAACUACACUUAAGCGCUCACAUUGAAAAUUAAAAAAAAAACAUUAACAUAGUUUGUAAAUGCAGAACCAGCUUACUCACUGGAGGAGAUCGAGUUUCGAAAUUUCACCUAAAACUCUGAAUAGAUACAUUAUUUAUUUGUACGGUAUUGCAUCUUGCGUCGUAAAAGAUUAUUUAUUUAAUUACGGAAUAACUGAUCCGGUUGACCGAUACUAAAAGGCUUUUCUUUCAACUUUCGUACAACUACUUUGACUCUAGCACAAAACAUUGUAACGCUUUUAGUACAUAUUCAUCUAGGACAUAAGUUGUUUAAAAAAUUCAUUCACAGUGUCACACGAAACCACGAUUUGGUCCAAAGCCAUCUCUUUUCGGCCAUACUCUGGAAGCAGCAUGCCAUGAUUUCGAAACCUGGCUGCUUUGUGACUCUUGAAGAAAGAGAAAAAAGUGUACAUAUAAAUUAUUCAUCUUCUCCUUUAUAGAAUAUAUAAAAAGUAUAAAAAAAAAUAACGAAAGCAAAUCUCGUGCAAAACAAGAAAUCAACGCUCAUUUAUUUAUUGCAACUUUGUGAUUAUAUUCGAUUAAAUUAUUUCGCUUCUGCUUUUGCUGAACGUAUCUCUUGUGGCACCAAUUAUAUUUACUUGCCGUCGGUUUAUUAGAGUUUCAUCGCAGUAAAGCCUUUUUUUUCGCACAAAAAUUUCCGCAAACAAACACACGCACACAAAAUAGCAUUAGUUUAUAACGAAUUGUCUAGCGAAUUUAAUGUACAUUCCUAAUUUGAGCUUACAGUAAGCGAAGCAGUGAAAACGGCGAACGUCAGAAAUUUCAACCAGAGGUAUUACAUACCUAUCAUCCGAACACUCUUCCGGGUUUCGUUCCGAAACGAUGUUUGCCUUCCGGCCAAACUUUUGACAACAAUUCGUCAAGCUUCCUGUUUGAGGAGUUUCGCGCUAAUUCACUCAGCCGUAGGUAGCACCCGCACAUAAUGUAAUAACAUUUUGUGAGUUCACAAAAUUUCACGGUAAUUUAAGAAAGUAUUACCAACUCUACAGAAGAGCUUGCGUGGAAGCUAGCGAACCUAUACAUUAGAGAAAUGACAAGACACUCACCGGUAAGGCAACUGUCAACAUCAAAACGGAUAACGGCAAUGCAAAAUGAUACAACUCGCCCGUUUUGAUGUUGACAGUUGCCUUAACGGUGAGUGUCUUGUCAUUUCUCUAAUGUAUAGGUUCGCUAGUGGAAGCCCUCUAUUUCCACCUGCCACUCAAACUGAGGCAACAAAGUUGUUGGAUAUUUCUGGCAGAUAAAAAAGCAAAUAUCUAUGUGACGUGGCAACUACGCUAUAGAAAUACAUCGCAGCAAGCAGCGAGCUCAAAUGCUUUCCAAUUGAACUCAAAAACUCAAAGGACGACAAUUCUGACGGCCCGUGGCACUUCGCUUCCAACUGCAAUGCUCUACUUAUUUAUUUUGCUUUAUUUACUAGUGAUAUGCAGUUUAGAAAAAUGAGAUCAAUUCCGUAUAGACAGGAAGUACUAGUAAAGUUAAAACCCUUGACAUCAUUUGUGCCAAUUUUGUAGAAAAACAUCGUACGUUCGUACUAGAUUUCUCGCCAGCUCACAAGUAAUGACAACGGUGGUAAUGCACUAGGCGUUCAAUCGAUUGAGAACCUCUUUGGAGAAAGAAUCCGCAAAGCCCAUCCUACUAUCCCGGUAAGUCUUAUUAUUCCGUUUCAAUCUAGAAUGAUUCUCGGCUUAGAGCACGAGAGCGGCACAGGAAGAAUAAGAGAAAAAAAACGACCAAAUAAUAUUUUUAUAAGAAGACUUCGUACAAAUGACAGAUGUGUUAGAGCAAAAUCAAUCGUAAAAUCAAAUCUCUAUUUUUUCUAAACUGUUUCAUUGCGUUAGAAAAUCGAGAAGAAACUAUCAGCUUUAAAGUUCAGUUUACAAUAAUUUAGACAAUCGUCCCUGUUGUUGUUUGAAUUACACUCUAUAGUACAACAAUUUUAUUGCUAUUGCUAAUAUUCAGCCGUUUGAUAGGGGGAAAAGUUUCGAAAAAACGGGGGUGGAAUCCAGAAGAAUAUUGUUUAUUUUGCCAUCAAAUUCAUGUCGCAGUUUUUUUGUUUGGAGAUGAAAUGGUUUCCAAGAAACGUAAUAAAGCUCCACUAAUUUCACUCUCAUCUGUGGAAGAAAGAAAAACUUCAUACUUCACUUCAGGCGCUUGCUUCUUUUUAAACUAACUUAUGCAAAGGUUAUAGCUGAUAAUCCAAAAUUAAACUCUAGUCAUAGCAGCUGAAUCUACUACCAAAUCUCGUUUUGCGACAGAGCAGAAAAAAAGAACGCAAUUAAAAAUCUUAGAUUUAGCUAUUCGAUUUAAGCAAAUGUUUUGUUUGAGAUAAGUUUUUAUGACCAAAGCCAUAAACAGCAUGUACACACAUAUGAGCGCGGCCAAAAAAUCAACCUCCGCCUACGUUGAUUACCGCUUUUGUGGUUCACAUUAUCGUUUAACCAUAAUAAAGCAUAUUUUUUAUUGUCAGAUAAAUAAAACACUGUUCACUAUAACAAUUUGAACUACUAUCAGAAUCACCUAAGAUAGUAAUCUUACGCAUUUAGCUAAAUAAUAAAAAAAACAUUCAAGGCAUAAUUUCCAAGUAAAAAAGCUAUUAUUACAACCAAUUGAAGAGUAAAGUUAGAAUAUAUUUGACGAAAUAUAUCCGCUUACAAAAUAUUAUUAGCGUAUUUUUUGAAAGCAAGCAAAACCUAAAUAGUAGGAAGAACGAAGAUAGUUCAGUAGUUUAAGUAAGAGUCUUUACAGAGGAAAAAGAAGAAGAAAAAUAACAAUGAAAGAAAAAUCUAUUCAGCAAAAUCUAGAAUAGAAUAAAAUAACAACAAGCAAAGCAUAAACUUCAAACCUCCAGAUUAAAACAACAACAACAAACAAAACAAGAAAAAAUAUCAAACUACGCCAUUCUCGAAUCAAACAAUAUGAUACCGCGCGAUCGCACCACCGGCUCCGGCUGAUUGGACCGAGUGGGACAAGCCAGCGCAAAACCGUUGCACAUUAAUCAGGCCCUAGAAAGAUUAAAAAAAAAACAUUUCUACGUUUCAUCGUUGAUCAGAUGUACAAAAGUUUGAUCGGACGUAGGGGAACUUAAGGCCCAGUAAAUCGUAAAAAAAAUCCAAGUUGUCGAUGCACUAUUUAAUACACGAGAAAAGGAAAAUUAGAUAACAUUAAGGGAAGCAAACAAACUUUAAUCUGUAGCCAUAAAAAGUAAAACUAAUAAAAAAGAGAAACUCGAACAAACUAAAAUAAAGCAAACGGAGAGAUCCCUAAGUAUAGAUACAAAAAAAAAACAAAAUCCCAGAUAAGGUUAGAAAAAAAGGCAAAAAGCAGCAGCUCUAGAAAUUCAUCAUCAUUAAAUUACCUACUCUAAGAAAUCAAGUAACACAAAACAAGCAAAUCAUAUACACACAGUUUUUCCUUUUGCUGAACAGUUGUUGAAGAGAAAAAAAAACCCUCAAACGGUAAAAAAAUCAAGCAUAAGCUAUACAUUUACUGAAAGGGUGAAAAAUAUUAAAACAAGUGAACAAAAGUUCACACAAAAUCAUGCGAGAACACAAUAAGAAAAAAAAACCAAAAUCAGUAUGGCGACAUCGCUUUAUGCGAAGGAAAAACAACAACCAAUAGAAAUUACAACAAAAAAAUAACACUUUAUUGAGAACAAACAAAAAAAAAUAAAAUAUAUAUUUAACUUAAUGUGUAUGUAAUUUUAUGUGUGAUGUAAAAAAUCGGAACAAAUAAAUGCGUUUUAGCCACUAA